AUGGGGCUGGGGGGUCAGUGCAGCGAUGCUCAGGUGUCCAGCAGCCUCGGCGGCAAAGCCCCGGGGUGGUCGCUGCAGCCGGGCCAGCUGGGGCAGCUGCAGCGGCUGGGCCAGCCGUACUUCCUGCCGCUGGGCCGGCGCAGCGGCCUGCACUUCCUGUGGCUCCUGGUGGCGCUCACCUGCUGCGUCUGCGGCGCGGGGCUGGUGCUGCUGACGGCCAUGCUGCGCCUGGCAUUCUGGUUGGCGCCGAGGGCCAGCGAGCGCGUGAUCUCGGGCCCCCAGGGCAUGGUCGACGGACUGUGGGGCGGCGCGGGCGGGUCAGCUAUCAUGGCUUUGGCCCUCGUGGGCGCCCUCAGUUUUGCUCGCUUCCAAGUCGAACUGCAGGGGAGGUGGAUCCAGUGGCUCUUGCUUGGCUUCGUCGUGAUAGUUCUCUUGUCCGUCAACGCGAUCAACACGGGCAUCGGUUUCGUGGCCAACUAUCUGACGCAGGCAAUGGUAGACAAGGAGCCAGACAGUUUCUACAGGUGGCUGCAGAUGUACGCGAGUUGUUUCGUGUUCGCAUUGCCAGUGCUGACGAUGCAGUACUACGUAAAGGCUAAGCUGGGGAUUUUCUGGCGGGAGUGGCUCACAUCCAGCCUGAUGGCCGGGUGGAUGUCGCACAGAGCCUACUACGUGCUCAACGCAAACGAUGAGGAGGCUGCGGAAGGGGGUGUAGACAAUCCCGACCAGCGCAUCGCCCAAGAUGUCGAGACUUUCACCAGCAUGACGCUCGAGUACCUCAUCGGCACAAUCGACUCCUUGUCAAUGUUCGGUAUGAAUAUUCUCGUGCUGUGGAACAUUAAUCACACGCUCACGGUUGUUCUCCUCUCUUGGUCUAUCGGAAUGACUGCUAUCAUUCUCUUUCUGAGCAAGAACCUUGUGAGGGUCAACUAUCGGCAGCUCAAGUUCGAGGCGGACUUCCGGUACGGUCUGGUACACGUGCGCGACAAUGCUGAGUCCAUCGCAUUCUACAGUGGCGAGGCCUCUGAAAGAUAUGAAAUGAACAACCGUCUCGAUGCAGUGGUCGGGAACUACAACCGGCUGAUCAUUUGGACUGUGGGGAUUUCUGUCAUCAAGAGGAUGUACAGCUACGGGAACGUGUUUGUCCCUUACAUUGUUAUGGGCCCAUUUGUUCUUUCGGGGAAACUGACGUAUGGUGGGGCUCGGCGGCGGAUUUCUCGCAGGCGAAUUUCACAUUCCGCAUGGUGGAAGACGCACUGUCCUUCAUAG